UGCUUUCAAAUUCAUCUGACUAUUUAAUGAGGUGGUUUCUCUUCUUCUUCUUCUUCUUCUCCUUCUUCUCCCUGACUCCCUCUUAUUAUAUUCUAGUUGGUCCAACCAAAAUACUAAUUCAAACUAGCUAGUCCAGUCCCUAAUUGUUUGUUGAAAUAUAUUCAACAUAUAUAUACAGCUCAAAUCUAUCUAUCUAUCUAUAUAUAUAUAUAUAUAUAUAUACAGGAGAUCCAUUCAUAUUGUAUACAUAGAUCUGGUCAGUGUGUGUGUUUCAGAGAGUUUCUAUCUUGGGUUCAGAUUAUGGCUGGAGAUGAAGGAGCAGUACAGACUACUAUUACAACGUCGACAAAUCUUCAAACAACACCAACGUGGGCUAUUGCAACUGUUUGUUUUGUUCUCAUCUUCAUCUCUAUCUUCCUUGAACAUGCCAUCCAUCUCUUAUCUAAGUUGUUUAUGAGAAAGAGGAGGUCCCUAUACAAAGCUCUGUACCGGAUUAAAUCAGAAUUAAUGCUUUUGGGGUUCUUAUCUUUGCUACUUACUGUAACAAAAGAGCCUAUUUCAAAGAUUUGUAUCCCUAAAAGUAGUAGUGAAACUUUUCUUCCAUGCAACUACAAGAAGUCCUUAGACGAAAACGUCUUCGAAGAACCCUCUUGCCUAAACAAGGGAAAGGUUUCUCUCAUCUCUGGAGACGGAGUGAAUCAACUUCAAAUUCUAAUCUUCAUCUUGGCUCUUUAUCAUGUCUUCUCAUGUGUUCUUACGUUUAGUUUUGGCCACCUGAAGAUGAGAAGUUGGAAGUCCUGGGAGGAGGAGACGAGAACGUUGGAGUAUCAAUUUUCAAACGAUCCAAGGAGAUUCAGGCUCACCCAUCAAACAUCAUUCGCACAGCGACAUCUUAAGUUCUGGAGUGAUCAUCGGCUCCUUCGCUGGCCGGUCUGUUUUCUUCGUCAGUUUUAUGGCUCAGUCUCUAAAACUGAUUACUUCACACUCCGUCAUGGAUUUCUCACUGCUCACUUUGCAGAAGGCAGCAGUUUUGAUUUCCGAAUGUUUCUAAGGAGAGUUUUGGAUGAGGACUUACAGGUGGUCGUGGGUACAAGACUGUGGAUUUGGGUCUUCUCCGUACUUUUCAUCUUUUUCCAUGCAAAGGGAUUUUACAACCAUUUCUGGCUUCCUUUCCUUCCUCUUCUGAUGCUUUUGAUAGUUGGGACAAAAUUACAAUUAAUCAUAACCAAAAUGUGCUUAGAAAGCCGUGAUUCAGCUUCUGUUGUUCGUGGGACUUUGCUGGUGAAACCCCAUGAUAAGUUUUUCUGGUUCAGCCAGCCUCAGUUGGUUCUUCAUCUUCUACAUUUCAUCCUAUUUCAGAACUCUUUUCAACUGGCAUUCUUCACUUGGACAUGGAUUAAGUUCGGAAUGAGAUCUUGCUUCCAUGAAGAAACAAAUAACAUUGUUAUAAGGCUCGUCGCUGGAUCACUAGUUCAUAUCCUUUGUGGAUACGUAACACUACCUCUAUAUGCUUUGGUUACACAGAUGGGUUCAUCGAUGAAAAAAGAGGUAUUCACGCCAACAGUUAUUGAGGGUCUAAAGAGCUGGCAUAACGACGCCAAGGGAAACAAGGAUGGAAGGAAAAAUAAUUUGACGAAACUGUCGCCUUCUCACAGAGUUGACAAUGCACUGUGUGACAAUCAAGAACUAAUUGAUAAUUCUUCGCUACAAGGAACUGGCUAUACACAAAAUCCCUCAGCUGGACAUACAGCAGUGGAAAUAAUGGAAGAAGAAGUGGCUUAUGAAAAGACUUAAUGUAAAAAUUAAGUAUGGUUAGACUUCCAAAUUUACUGAAUCAAUGACAAGAACUGGAACUUAUCAUUAGAGAUUUUCUCGGAGCUUCUCCAUGAUAAUCAAGACCCAUACUAUUAUUCCAUUGUUAUGACUUAUGAAAUAUUGUACAGAGAAUAAGUAUAGGAUAAAAUACGCGUUGAUAAAUUACACAUUUUCUUAUUGUCUUAGACUAAAAUUCAGGGGACAUAGAUAUUAAGUAUCACACGUCAACUGGUUCGUUUUUGAGCAAGAUAAACGUAACUUUCUAAGUUCAAACUAAAGAU